AUUUCGUCUGCGACAACCAGUUUCGGCACUUCUUUUUCUCCCUUUUCUACCCCCCACCCCACCCCUGGCUUUUGGACACCUCAAAACGUUCGCGUUCGUCCCUUUCCACCAAACGAUCCAGCGCGACAAGCAUCCCCGAGCGGCAGUCAAAGAUGAAUCCCGAAUAUGACUAUUUAUUCAAACUGCUGCUGAUUGGAGAUUCUGGUGUUGGAAAGUCUUGUCUGCUGCUUCGCUUCGCAGACGACACGUACACGGAGAGCUACAUCAGCACCAUCGGCGUGGACUUCAAGAUCCGGACCAUCGAGCUGGACGGGAAGACCAUCAAACUGCAAAUUUGGGACACGGCCGGCCAGGAGCGCUUCCGCACCAUCACGUCCAGCUACUACAGAGGCGCGCACGGCAUCAUCGUGGUGUACGACGUCACCGAUCAGGAGUCGUUCAACAACGUGAAGCAGUGGCUCCAGGAGAUCGACCGCUACGCCAGCGAGAACGUCAACAAGCUGCUGGUCGGCAACAAAUGUGACCUGACCACCAAGAAAGUGGUGGACUACACCACGGCCAAGGAGUUUGCCGACAGCUUGGCCAUCCCCUUCCUGGAGACCAGCGCCAAGAGCGCCACCAACGUGGAGCAGGCCUUCAUGACCAUGGCGGCCGAGAUCAAGAAGCGGAUGGGCCCCGGCGCCGCCGCCGCCGACAAGUCCAACGUCAAGAUCCAGAGCAGGCCGGUCAACACCUCGUCCGGAGGCUGCUGCUGAUCUCACGGACCCCGCCCGUGGGAGGAGCUUCACAGAUUUGACCCCCCCCCCCCCCCCCGAGUCAGCGAUGGCGCAGGAGCCAGCGGGCCUUUUCCUUCACACGUGUGGCCGAGGCCGCCCCCCGCCUUUUUAAACCACACGCGCGCCUCUUUCUUUCGUCUUCACAAUGCAGCACACGCGUGAUCUCUGAUCUGGUGCCUUCCGGCAGACGACCAUGACCCCCCACCCCAUGUAAAUACGUGCUGCCGCGUACUAGCGUGAUGCUAAACCAGCCAGCGUGUGCUCCAUCGUGGCCCGGCCAUCUGUAAAGUGUAUAUAUUUAUACAUGACAAAGUCCAUUAAAACAUGAAGGAGAUGUUUGAUACCA